ACGCUGUACCGAAGGUUGUAGAAGACCGUUUCGUGUCAACGGACCACGGGGAAGCAAUGACAUCGAGGAAGAUGGAUGGAAAUGAGAAUCCGGACGGUUCAUAUCGUUAUUGACCGAUAUCUCGUCGGAUCUGGUGUAUUCGAAAGUGAGCAGAGUUAGAUUUUUGCCCGCGGCUAUCGUCGAGUCGUGCAGAUAUCGAUAGAUAGAUAGAUAGAUAUCGAGGGAUCGUGCGAUAUUGCCGUGCGAGGGAACAAUAGAGUGAAUUUCGAUGGAUUUCAUCAGUGUCAGGGUUGGAAAGGUGAUUGAAAAUUUCUAUCGGUGAUUUGCUGCUACUUGCCGAGAAGCAGAAGCGCGCUUCGAUCGGUUUAUCCAAGGGGAAUACAAGGAGAAGAGAGAAGGAUUCGAGUCGAGAAAACGAACAUAAACAACCAUCGUCGCUUCUUCCAAGUUCCACGAACGAAUCUGUACGAAUUCUGGACGGAUCGAUGACAAACAAAGAAUAUCCCCCUCUGUCGAGAGAACGAUUCGUGACGAGCGAGCCGAGAAAUCGUCGUGCUUGGAAGCGGAUCCAAACUUGAUGAGAAAGGAGACUUAGGUUAAUCCGUUUUCAGAAAUUAUCCGUUGGAAAGAGGGAAGGUGGAAGAAAGGGCGGGUGUCCGAUUGGUUGGCUCGCUAUGGGUCGAAAGCAUAAACGCCGCCUGAUACCGGAACAGGAUCGCAGGAUAUGCGGGAGUAUCUGCUUCUGUCAGUUCACCAUUGUGAUCAGUUGUGUCGCGUUGGUUUAUCUAAGCGUGGCGAUCUAUAUGCCGUCCCACAGAGCUUUUCACGCGGGGAUCGAUCCCGAUCCAGUCAUGUGCCAAACCGUUAACACCACCUUUACUAAUAAUUGCGGUUGGGCGAGUUGCGGGGAGUGGUGCUUGACAAGAACCACAGGAUUCUGCCCUCAGAUCCACGCGACCGUAAGAAGGAAUGGAACGGACAUCGUUUUCGAAAAUUGCACGAAAUUCAGCACCAUAUCUUGCCCGAAGGUGAACGAGGCUUCUUUUAAAAAAUACAAUUGCAACAACGGCAGCGAGUGCAGCGUGCUUUCAGGCGUGUUUAACUGCAACCUUGGCCACUGCGUGAACAUAAGCGAGCUGAUGUUAUGCCAUUACAAGGCAGAUAGAAUUGUCGUGGACAGCGAGAAGGACAACAUGAAACUGAACGGCUUCUUCAGCUGUCACAACUCGAGAUGCACGAAAAUCAAGAAUCUGUUCAACUGCGAUCGUUAUUGUCCUGAUAUCGUCACGUCGGACGUGAACGUGUUCCUUAUGCAAGAUGACAACAUCGUCACAGCGAAAUGCAAACGUGGCCUGGCACUGAACAAAGCGAAUGGAAAUCUGCCUGGCGUCAGGCUAACCACGCCUGACCAAUUUUGGGAGGAUCGAAACGGGAGCAUUAUUGUUAGCUGUUUGGAGGUGCACAAGAAGAUGAACGACGUAAGGACACAGGACUGCGUGAACGGCACCUUGUUAAAGGAGAUCCCAUUACCUCAACCAACCAUCAACUUCACGAGUUUUCUGAACAUAUACGAGAAGAGCUUGCAAUAUCCAGUGGAUCCUACGAAUAUCUAUGUACCUGAGCAACGAUCCCUCACGAUCUACAACAGUUCUCGCCUCUACAUCAAUUUCGAGGGUUGCGUCAAUACCCUAAAAGGGGAAUGUAAAGAUUUCCUCGCCACUCACGGUCGAAAUGGCGACAAUCAGACGGCGCAGAGUAGAUACCCCUGUUACUACAACAAGAACAACUCGCUGUUAGUCGUCGCACGUUUCGACCUGAACAAAACGCGGACGGAAUUGCUGAUCGCCAUCAUCGUGCCGUCCGGCCUGUUCGUCAUCAGUCUUACCACCCUCAUCGUAAUAACGCGAUCGGUCCAAGUGGGCGACGACGCGAAGAUGCGUUGCCGUUACUGCGUCGACAAGCAGGAAGUCGAGGGCGAGGACGAAGGGCUCGUCGAGGCUACACCCUCCUCGUCUCAAGGCCAGAUGAACGAGAACGAGAUCAAAAGCAUGGCGCUUUAGCAGUUUAAGGCGUCUGGGGCGAGCACCGUGCUCCGUUACGAGAGGGUGCCAUUGAUAGACACGGACGAAGCCGAGGAUUCCUUUUGAGCAAGGGAUCACCCUUUGAUUGGGAUGAUUAGGAUUAAAAUUACAGUGCUACGAUCGACGAAAACGACGUGCCAGAACGAUGAAUGACCAAUUACCUUCGUGGAGAUACGAUUUUGAAUUUGAUUGGAACUCGUGUGAAUUGUUGAAUUCACUUUGUUUGAAUUCAUCAAGAUGGACGUCGUUUACAGGGAUGGAGAUUAAUUACAGUGAGUAAUAAAAAUAUUCGGGCAUUGAGAUAUGGUUAACUAUGGUAAAUGUAAAACGUGGAAAAGUAAUGUGAAAAAGAGGGAGAAUAAAUUUUUUUUUUGGUUAUCACGAAAAUUUGAUUCUACAUUUUUUACUUAUUUUUAUACGAAUAUAGAAUAAAUUUGAAAAUUGGCAAAAUGUACACGAGUUAACCACACCUUACGAUUCGAAAUUUUUCCCUCAUGUUCACUGUAUAUUGUUAAAAGCUGAUUAUUCUUUGUUGUUGUUGUUUGUGGAACAAUAAAAAGUGUAUUCUUCUAUGUGAAA